GCGAGCACUGCACCAGAGCGCAUAAAUACUACCGACAUCCGACUCUGCUGAAUUUAUUUCUUUCAGCCAGCCCGUACAGUACCCUUGCGCAAAUCUCACGGCAUUGCUUUCUCUAGAUAUUAGUUGUACCGCAAUGCUGCUGCAACGCACAACUGCGCUUGCUGUCAUCAGCGGCGCGGUAAUCCUGUUCAAUGGAAGCAUCAGUGCGCAGAACCCUACGGAAUCUGGUGGGAAUCCCACGGAAGGCCGCAUGGGCCUGGUUACGAUCCCGGUAACGGGUGGCGCGGCUCAUUGCGACCCAUCCCUGAACCAGGGCUGUAACUGCAACGAGAGGCGCGGCAGUUGUGCACUGUGCGACCCGACCUGCAGCAACCGCACUCCCAAUUGCCCCGUCAAAUUCUGCAAAGCCGGGUGCAUGUGCCUACCGGGAUAUGUUCGCAGCGCCGUCGGCGCCUGCAUACCGGCGUCGACAUGCACGCCCUCAACAAUGAACAUGUUUGGGAGCCUUUUGAAGGAUCCUCGCCUGCGAUCACCGGGAUGAUAAGUCGCCAGAAGAACAGAACAGCAACAACAACUACUUUGGAGAGAACCUAAACAGGCCCGUACAGCUGGAAUUUGACCUUUUAAAUUUUGUGUUCUAACUGCAAACAUUGCAGCGCGGAGAUUACGUGUGACUGUUUGGUAUUUCUGGUUUUCCAGUUUCGUUUUGUGUUACAAUGUCUGUGUCGCUAACGUCAGUAGUCUGAUAAGAAACCUUCAGUUGUUAAUCACUUGGCUUUUAGAACAGGACAUGAUCGGCCUAAAUUGCCUUCCAGUCAGUACAAGAUUUUUCUCCAUUUUUCUG